GGAGUUCAACUUGAAAAGAAAGGAAAGAAAGAAGACGUUCUGGGCUCGUUCUCUCCUCUCCUUCACCAUGUUUGGCUCGUCCCGAGGGGGCGUGAGAGGAGGGCAGGACCAGUUUAAGUGGGAAGAUGUAAAGACGGACAAACAAAGGGAAAACUACCUAGGGAACUCUUUGAUGGCACCCGUAGGCCGGUGGCAGAAGGGGAAGGAUCUCACAUGGUACGCCAAGGGGAAGAAAGGGGACGCACCUCUCUCCCGGGAGGAUGAGCUGGCUGCCGUCCGGCGGGCAGAAGAGGAGGCCAUGAUGGCAGCCUUGGGUUAUAAGAACGUGAAGAAGCAGCCGACAGGACUAAGCAAAGAGGAUCUUGCCGAGGUCUGCAAACGUGAUGGAGCAGAGCGUGACGAGAAGGCGGUGGAUCGUGUGUUGGGCCUGGGGAGUUCGAGGUGUGACGCGAGCAGGAUGAUGUUUUCCAAAGAAGACAAAGAAGCUGCCAAAAUGGGCCUUUCAGUCUUCACACACCAUCGAACAGCAAGCAGUCCAGAGGCUUCGGCUACCAAGAAGAAACCGGAUAAAGAAGAGGAAACUGCAGCUGCCGAGCCAGAGCCCAGCAAGAAACCCAAAAAGAAGAAAGAGAAGAAGAAGAAGAAAAAGCACAAGAAAGAAAAGAAAAAAGAGAAGGAGAAGCACCGCAGAAAAAGAGAAGAUUCUUCCUCCUCUGCCGCCUCUUCUCCAGGCGACAGAGAGAGAAAGAGACGACCCGCCACGCCUCCCGAGCGCCAUCCAUCAUCCUCCCGGCAGGCUGGAGCCAGCUGCCCUGACAGCCAUUCAUCACCUGCCCAGGAAGAACAGAAACCACCCAGCAGGUGGCGCCGCAGCCCAGCCUCCUCCAGCGGCAUCGAGAAAGGGACCCCCGGCAACCGACCAGCCACAAAGACACAGGCCCCCAGCCGCAGAAGGAGGGAGGGUCGAAGCAACAGCCGGUCCCCGUCUCCUAGGGGCAAAAGCACCGGGCCCCACAAGCGGCGGAGGAGCAGGUCCCCCGCAUCUCGGGGAGCCAAGAGGAGGCACGACACAGAUUCCGAUGACUGAGCUUUCGUCUGGAACCAAAGAGGCUGCGGCCUUUGUUUUGGGGCCUCUCUCCUUGGCCGCUAACUGGAUCUUAAAGUCACGGCUAAUGUCCCAGAGGUCCUU